CCCCCUUCCUUCCUUCGUUGAUUCCUAUCCCCCCCUGGAGAGUUUAUACCGGUAUCAUUCCGCAUCUUGUGCCUGCGAUGUUGAACUCUUGCAAACUGCUUUUUGCGGCCUGUUUGGUUCCUGCUGUACUUGGUCAAACCGCGGUGACGGAGAUUACCGGCUCUUCACCCACUGCGGAGAUUGCGCUAAGUAGUGCUACCGGUACUUGGACGAACCCGCCCGCACAAACGCCAAGCGAGGCUGCUUCCGGCACUCGCACUUCAAGUGCUCAGCAACCCGCACAGACUCAGCCCUGCAAUUUACACGUCGAGUUUUGCGCUCGACGGUAUAGCAAUAUCACGUAUGUUGGAGCUCAUAACUCGCCAUUUGUGGGGGGGGGGAAUAUGGCAGCAAAUCAGAAUUUGGAUGUGAAGGCUCAGUUGAAUGAUGGCAUACGCAUGCUCCAAGGGCAAACACAUAGAAUGAACCAAACUAUACACUACUGCCAUACUAGCUGCGAUCUCUUCGAUGGUGGGCCAGUUGAAGACUAUUUAAGGACGGUCGUGGGAUGGCUGCGUGAUAACCCUUUCGAAGUUGUCACCAUUCUAAUUGGGAAUGGUGAUUCCCUCAGUGUCGGAAAUUACAAGGAGCCUUUGGAGAAAUCUGGUUUGGCGGAACUUGCGUAUGUUCCGCAGGAACGGAACAUUAAAGUAGACCAAUGGCCAACACUCUCGGAGAUGAUCCUGAUGGGCAAGCGGGCUGUGGUUUUCAUGGACUAUAAAGCCGAUGAGGGCACCAUACCCUAUAUUCUGGAUGAAUUCAAAUACAUGUGGGAAACACCGUUCUCACCAACGGAUGAGAAUUUCCCCUGCACGAUUGACCGUCCUCCGGAUCAACCCAAGAACGACGCGCAAGGAAAACUAUACAUGGCGAAUCAUAACCUGAAUACCGAGAUUUCACUUAUCGGGCACAAGGUUUUAGUCCCCGACACUGAUUCUCUUAAUCAGACCAACGGCGUUUCAGGGUUUGGAUCAUUAGGCCUCAUGGCGAACAAUUGCAGAGCUGAUUGGGACCGAUACCCAAAUUUCCUUCUUGUAGACUUCUACGACGUCGGCUCCGUCUUCGAAGUCGCUGCUAGAGCAAACGAUGUUGAAUACAAUCGUCCAUGCUGCGGAAAGAGAAAGUCCACUGCAUCACCACUAGUGAAGGCCACAGACUCGCUUUUGCUCCUUCCAACUCUCGCCAUACUUCUUUCUAUCGUUCUCUAGUCCGGCAGGUCGUGGGAAACAAUGUUCUGGGUUGCUUCUAUUCGGGCUUGUAUCAGGGUUUUGGAAUGAGGGGAGCUUAUUGGGGGCGUUUUUAUUCAUUUGGGGAACAGAGGUGGGCUUUUGUUAUUAUGAGUUUCUAGUAUCAUGGGCUGGGUGGUGCAUGUGUUUUGGCUAUGCACCUUUUUUGUGAUUUGGGGCCGGGGCAUAAUGCGCGUUGGCAAAUGAGGGGGGCUAUGAAGGUGUAUUCAUCGAAUGACCCUUCAGCCCUAUUUGGAGGGAUUUUGUAGUGGGAGUUAUGGAUUUAAUCUUGGCUGAACAAUGGUCGACGGACGAUGGGCAAAAUUUCCAUCGGAGUUAGGUAAAUCUCUCUUCGUUUAGAGUUGAUUUAAUUCUUUGUCAAAUAAACUAAGAUUUCCACACUCG